GGCUAUUGGUCGAAUCUGAUUAUCCAAGGGGGCUCAAUUAUGCCACAGAAUGGAGAAAGCGAGACAAGCGCUCACAAGAAUUAAUAUCAUUCUCUGCCGUACUCUACAUCUGGCGCUGCUGCUGCUCCACAGGCCUUUUUAACACAACACUGGCCUCCUAAAAGUUUGAUUUGCCUGCCUAAUUUGAAUAGCCAAAUUUAAAUGCCAUUACUUAUCAAUGGAGACCUUUUAACUCUUCGAUGACAGCCCACACGCGUGUAUGGUAGGCGAAAUAUUCAGUGCAACCAAGAGUACCUUUUUGUUUGUUUUCGCCGUUUCUUCUGUGAAACAACGUGUUGUUUACCAAAGUGCUGGCGCCGGCAGCCGUGCAACUGAACUUUAUGAUGGACCUGAGCACGGCUUACCGCUACAAUGCAAGCAUGAUGGAAUAUUAUUCAUGUAAGCGCCAUGGCGGCGUGAAUCAGUUGGGCGGCGUAUUCGUGAACGGCCGGCCCCUCCCGGACGUGGUCCGGCAGAGGAUAGUGGAGCUGGCCCACCAAGGGGUCCGGCCCUGCGACAUCAGCAGGCAGCUGAGGGUCUCCCACGGAUGCGUCUCCAAAAUACUGGGAAGGUACUAUGAGACGGGUUCUAUUAAGCCGGGGGUGAUCGGCGGCAGCAAACCGAAAGUGGCGACGCCGAAGGUGGUGGACGCCAUCGCCAACUACAAAAAACAAAAUCCGACCAUGUUCGCCUGGGAGAUCAGGGAUCGGCUGCUCGCUGAUGGCGUCUGCGAUCAGGACAAUAUACCGUCCGUCAGCUCCAUCAACAGGAUCGUGCGCAACAAAGCAGCCGAGAAAGCGAAACAGGUGAACGCGUCCUCUGGUCACCUGAAUGGGGGCCAUAGUCCGCAACCCACGUCGAACACCACCUCUGUCAUCGCGCACGCACCCCCGGCCCACGAGCCCCAGAGGCCCUCCUAUUCCAUCAACGGCAUCUUGGGCAUCCCAAACCCGUCUGCAGCCCCCCAACAGCACGACCCUUCCUCCCACAAAAGGAAAAGGGACGACACAGUUGGAAACGACAGCAGGGAUUUGAAUGGAGAUCUCCACGACGACGAAACGAAAAGACAAAGAACCCAAUACAAUGGAGAUCAACUGUACGCAACGCAAAUGUGGCCCAAAUGGCCGAAACAAGACGAACUGAAGGCAGGGGCCAUGGUGCCGGACCUGACGGCUGCAGCGGUGGCCGGUGGGGCCCCGUACACUUUGCAGCAAUUCCCCACCACCCCUGAGCAAGCCUUCACGCCGGUCGUCACCACCUCCACCUCCAACGAACACGUCAAACCCGAAAUCUCGCACUACGACGCCGCCAUGUCUGCCAUGACCUCCCAAGUGCAGUCCUCGGCAGUCUACUCGCCACCACUAGAUCAGUGCAAUAGGCCGCCAUCUUUGGUUGGCCAUUUCGUCCCCUCGUCCAGCAGCUCAGGAUUGGGCAGUUUAAGCUUGCAAGACAAAUCUUUGCUUGGGGUGUCCGGGUCCUUACUGGACCCUUCAACCUUGUCUCAUCACUAUCAGCAAGUAGUGAGUAGUGAGGUGUGCAGUCGUUCCUCCACCCCGAGGAACGAUCAUCAGCUCAUAGUGUCGUCCUCGGAAGCACCCUCCACCACACCUGUCUCGUCCUGCCUAACACUGCUGCAGCCCCUGCAUGCCGCCAGUGCCUCGCUCGAUCCCUAUGCAGCGACUUUCUCCCCUACACAGUUCCAAGUGACCGGAGCAACAGGUGGUGCCUCGGUUGGUGGAGUGACAGGAGCCGAAUACGCAGCUUACACGUCGCCCUAUACACAGUACUCUCCAGCUGCAUAUGGAGCAUAUGGCUACGGAUCAAGUGGAAUUAUAAAUCCUUCUUACUACUAUACACCAAGUGCUGCCCGAUCCACAACCGGGACAAACUCAAGCCUAGCGGCUACAUCACCUAUCAGUCCGAACAAUUUCAAAGCGGAACGAUGCUAGUGAACGUUGUCUUCAUUGAUAGUUGUCUCAAAGCAUUUCGUAUGCCGUUCCGGAUAUUCGAAAUUCAACCCGUACACCCUGUUCGGGACACUUGACAAAAUGGUGAAUCGAAAAUUGACGUCCGGUCAGUGUGACCACCAUUCGAAGUUACAACACUUCGGGCGUCUUCAAUGCUUGAAAAGCAGCCAUUUCGGCAUGGCAUUAUCAGUCGAGCAUGCGCUGUCGAUCAUGGUUGACGUCACACAAUUACACAUGCGCAGUAAAAAUUUUUCCAUCAUUUCUUGUAACUGUUUAUUACAUUAUAAAUUGAGUUUAGUGUUGUUCCAGAGGAUCCCACGGAUUCUCAGCCAGACCUCAAAAUAAUGAUUCAGAACUGCAUUUUUCUAAUUUCUUUUCGUUGACUGAAAAGAAGACUGUUCUUCACAACAUUCCGUGAAGAUUUUUCAAGUUGGCAUCAUUCUCGUCUUCAUAAAGAGACACGCUCAACGUUUUGUUUAUAAUUCGCAAGUACAAAUAUAUUAUCGAAUCCUUGUUUGAUUUCGAAAAUUGGUGCUUUUUGUUCCUUUAAACAUGCAUAGCAUUCGAGAUGAUGUCGUAGAUGUGAAAUAAGAUAUCCAACCAAAAUUUUGCUGCGUAUGUGAAAGAGCACAAAGUGAAGAAGAAGAGAAAAAAAAGCCUCAAGAGUAACGAACCGAGUUCGAGAGCUAGAGCAGGAAGAAGAAACGAAAAAGGACAUUGUUUUUAAAAUGAUUGAAAACUACUUUAAUAUGUAUAGACUAUUCAUUUUCCAAGCGAAAACUGUGAACAAAUAGAGAUGUCUCUGUAAUGAAAAUGACUUUGAACUUCGUUUAAUUUUUUUAAUAAAAUGUGUAAAAUUUAAUAAUACACAGGGUAAGUUAAAAGUAGACGACUAUAUGAUGGACAUUAAGUUCGUGAAGGAUUUUUAAAUAUUUUGAGACCAAAGAUUUUUUUUUUCAUUUCAUCCUGUUCCUUUGAUGCUUGUGUGUAAUAUAUUCGUGAAGUACAGUAUCUAUAUAGAGUUAAUUAUUAUAUUUUAGUAGUUGCUUAUUAUCCACGUAAACGGAACGAGUUUCAAAAUUAUCAAGGAAAUUACGAAAUAUGAAUCUCGAAUACAUAUCUUUAAUUUAAGAUAAUAAUUAUUGAAACAUUUAAUUAAAUAUAUGUCGGUUUGAGCAGAUUUAAUCCUUAUUGCUUCAUUAAGAGUGCUGCCAAUGAAAGAGUAUAAAAAGUGCAUUACUUCCAAUAAAUGGUAGUUCACUUCUUAAUACUAGAUCAGGAAGUUAUCAUUUUAAGAAAGAAAAAGGUUCAUUAAAUCGAAUAUAUGUACCUUAAGAACGUCAUUAUGAAAGAAGCAAAUAAAAGGUGCAUAGUUUCCAUUUAUUUUCUGUUAUAUGAGGAAAAACAUGAGUGUUUUUUUUAAUUUUAUUUUUAAUAGCACGAAUUAAAAUAGGCGAAUUCUAAAAUGAUAUAAAUGAUUAGCCAUUAUCAGUAUUUGAAUUUGUUUUGUAGCGAUCUAAGUUAUCUCUCUCUCUAUUUUUUAUUUUUGGAAUAAUAUAACAUCUUUUUGAGACAUUUAAACUUAUACUAAAUAAAGUGGUUUGAAAAGAAAUUUAAAAACUAAUAAGCGCAUACAAAUCAAUUCUUUUAAUGUUAAUUCAAUUUUGUAACUUCUUUCUUUUAGAGGUCAAUUUUAUCCAACAGCAAAGAGCAUUUGUGCAAAAAAUUAAUUAAAUUCUUUUAUCCACUUAAAACUAAACUUAUUGAAAUGGAAAUAAAAAAUGAAUACGAGCAAGAUUAUAACAAAAAUGAAAGUGAAACAUUAAUUCUGAGAUGAAAAAAAUUGAAAAACUUCAUUUUUUUUCAAUGAAAUUUAUACUAAAAACUUCAGGAGUAACACAAUAUCUGUUUGUUUCGUGGAUAGAAAGCAAUUUUUUUUAUGUUUUUACAUAACUUUGUGUGUUUAUAUGCAGAAGAAAGCAGCUGUAGUCAGAUCCAUAUUUGGAUGUCUGUGUUAUGAUAACCAAAGGUGCAAGAUCUUUUGUUUUAGUACUUCCAUUACAGCGAAAUAUUUACAAAAAAAAUCAGGAAAUCAAUAAUUAAAUUAGUAGAAGCUUCUUGAAGUAUUAAAAACUAAUAUUUUAUAACCAUGAAUAAUUUAAUAACCAAUAUGCCUCUAUAUUAUAGCAUUAUAUUAGUUAACGUGUCUCAAAUACCAUAAUGUUAUUUCUGAUAGGUAAUACUGUAAUAAGCUGAAAUACUGUGUUAAAUAUUGUAUCUUGUUUUACACAAAAAAUGGAAUGCUUUUAUUAAAAAACUCUCUUCAAAAAUGAAUAGCAAAAUAUGAAUCAAAAUAGAGACUGAGUCAUAACUAAAUUAAUACAUUAAAAAUAAUAUUUCUAAUUUUUUUCCUUUUAAAAGCAAUGUUUUUUUUUCAAUAUUAACAAAUAAUUUGGUAUAUUCAGCUACGAAAUAAAUGCCAUAUUAUGUCUGCGCUUUAAAUUUUCGAUAUUCUAAUUUAAUUAAAGCAAUCAUAUUUUAAUAAAUCUUUAUCUUUUGAAUAAUUCAACAAUUCCUAUACAUAUUACAAGAAUCGGUUUCUUAUAUUAUAGAAAUAGAGACCUUAAAAAAUACCCCCUAAAUAAUUAAGUUGAUUGUUAAAUUAAAAAAAGAUUUUUUUUAUUAAAAAUUUUAAAAAAAGAUGAAGAAGAUAAGAGAAGUUAAUAAAUUCAGAUAUUCCUACUGUUACUUUAUACCACUCAAAGUUAACUUGAAACUUCAGACCAAUCUAUUUAAUUUGUAAAUCUAGAAUAUUCAAAACAACAGCUUAUAAGCAUGUAAACUUAAAUUUUUUUAAUAUUAAAAUUAAGCAAUAUUGGGUUCAAAACAGAAAAUGAUUCUAAUAUUUUCGUGUAUUUUCAGAAUGCUUUUGCUGUAAUACAUGAAAUGAAGCUCUUUUAAGUUAAUUUAGUCAUUAACUCAAUAUUUAGAGAAUAUCAUAGUAAAAAAUGUAGACGUUUUUAUUUUAAUAACUUUAUUUUGCAUUUCAACAUUCUCAUUUUAAUUCCUCCAUUUGAAAUUUUUACUGAAAUGUUUCUGCGGUCUUGUGCUUUACGGUAUACUUAGUUUGUACUCUUAAGUUUUAAAUUGCAUAUAUUUAUUUCAACAUUAGUCAGCUCUCAAUGAAUUGAAAAUAUUUAUGGAAGCGGUUUCCUGUAUUGUAAAGAUGGUGUAAAUAAAACAUAAGUUAUAAAAUAUUGAAAAGUGUGCAUUUACUAUUAAAUAUUUGUAAUCUAAGAACUUUUUUCUGUCAUUAGCAAAUCAUUGUCCUCAAACUGUAAUUAGUCAUGUUUUUUAGAAAGAUA